UCUUCCGGGGCCAGGCUCUGGCUCAGCUAGUCUGAGAAAAAUCUCAUAUUUUGUGUGUGAGUGCUCUGCUCCGGGGACUCCUCUGUGAGGAGAGCAUGGGCGAGCUCUGCAGCAGCACCACGAAUGCAGUGACCUAUGAUGAUGUGCAUAUUCACUUCACUUGGGAAGAGUGGGCUUUGCUGGAUCCUUCCCAGAAGAAUCUCUACAAAGAUGUGAUGCUGGAAACCUGCAGGAACCUCACUGCUAUAGGCUGCAAUUGGAAAGACCAUAAUAUUGGAGAAGGAUGUCAAAGUUCUAGAAGACAUGGAAGGCAUGAAAAAAGUUGUGCUGGAGAGAAACCCUCUGAAUACACGCAAUGUUGUACAACCUUUGCAUGUCAUAGUCAUCUUCAAAGGCUUGCAAGAAUUGAUACUGUAGAGAAGCCCUAUGGAGGUAUUGAAUAUGGUGCAACCUUUGCGCAGCAUAGUAGACUCCAAAUACAGAAAGGAAAGCAUACUGCAGAGAAACCCCAUGAAUGUAAUCAGUGUGGCAAAGCCUUUGCACAACACAGUUAUCUCCAAAAACAUAAAAGAAUUCAUACUGGAGAGAAACCUUACAAGUGUAAUCAAUGUGGUAAAGCCUUUGGACGUCAUGGUCAUCUGCAAAGGCAUGAAACAACACAUAGUGGAGAGAAACCUUACAUAUGUAAUCAAUGUGGCAAAGCCUUUGCAUGUUAUAGUCAUCUUCAAAUACAUAAAAGAACACAUACUGGAGAGAAACCUUAUGAAUGUAAUGAAUGUGGGAAGGCUUUUGCAUGUGAGAGUAGUCUUGCAAUACAUAAAAGAACACAUACUGGAGAGAAACCUUAUGAAUGUAAUCAAUGUGGUAAAGCCUUUGCACAUCAUAGUAAUCUCCGAAUACAUAGAAGAACACAUACUGGAGAGAAACCCCAUGAAUGUCAUCAAUGUGGUAAAGCCUUUUCCCGGCAUGGUCAUCUCCAAAUACAUAAAAGAUCACAUACUGGAGAGAAACCUUACAUAUGUAACCAAUGUAGUAAAGCCUUUUCAUGUAACACUCAUCUUCAAAUGCAUAAAAGAACACAUACUGGAGAGAAACCUUAUGAAUGUAAUCAGUGUGAUAAAGCCUUUGGACGCCACAGUCAUCUUCAAAGGCACAAAACAACACAUACUGGAGAGAAACCUUACAAAUGUGAUCAAUGUGGCAAAGCCUUUGCACGCCGUAGUUAUCUUCAAGUACACAAAAGAACACAUACUGGAGAGACGCCUUAGGAAUAUAAUGAAUGUGCUAAAGCCUUUGCGUGUCAAAGUAGUCUCAGAAUAUAUAAAAGAAGACAUACUGGAGAGACACCUUAUGAGUGCAAUUAAUGUGCUAAAGCCUUUGCACAUCUUAGCAGUCUCCAAAGACAUAAAAGAACACAUAGUGGGGAGAAACCCUACACAUGUAAUAAAGGUGAUAAAGCCUUUGCAUGUAUCAACAGCCUUCAAAAUCAUGAGAAAAGAAUCAUAUCACAGAAAAACCAUAUAUAUGUAUAUAUAUAUAUAAUAUAUAUUGAGUAUGGCCAAGUUUGCACUUCAUUGUAGUCUAUACAAGAGUAAAACUUGUAGUGUGCAAUUGGUCUGUUAAAGCCUUUGCAUAUCACAAUGAUUUUUGAGAACUUGAAAGAACUCAUACCUAAGGGAAUUUGACUACAAAGCAUUUGGUAAGAUCUUUGGCCAGCACACUUAAAAGAUUAUUUAUUGUGGAGAAAAAAAAUCUGAUGAAUGUCAACAGUCUGUUCAAGCAUUAUGAUAUAUCUCUAUUUUGUUUGCACCUGCAAAUGCAUGUGGACAGAAGCCCUGUGAAUUUAAACAGUAAGUUAUCCCUUUUAAAUUUCAUACUUCAAUUACAUGAACUAGCUCAUCCUUGUAUAAAACUUAUGGAUGUGUUAUAGUGCCUUUUCUGUUGCUGUGAUAAAACGUAAUGUCUAAGUCAAUUUAUGAAAGAGCUGGUACUUGGUUCCGGAGGGAUACAGAAUCACGUGAGCGUGGCAUGGCAACAGUUGUCAGAUAUAACAGCUAAAGCAGAAUCCUAAGAACUUACAUCCUCAAUCUGCAGCGUGAAGCACAGAGUGGGGACUGAAAAUGGUGUGUGAAUGUAAACUUUCAGAUGCAACCCAGUGACUUUUCUUCCCGCAGGGUAGCAUUUCCCAAAUCUUCCCAAAUGACCCCACCAACUCAGAAUGAUUGAUUUCUCUGUCUUCAGUCCUAUGUGAUUUCUUUCUGUUACACGAACCAAUUCAUGAUGAAGGAACAUUCUGUAAGUAAGCCUUUAAAUGCCUUAACACCUGUGUUAUAGGAAUUAAUGAAUACAAGAGAAAAAUAUUCAUGAGUGAAAUUUUGUUUAAAGAUUUGAUUCAGUUUCAGUUAUGUGAUGUCAGUGUGUCUCUGUGUGGGUAUGCACAUGUGCAUGCUGGUUCCCAAGAAGGUUUAGACCACUGGAUUUUUCUCUUUUUUUGUAAUAGGAGUUACAGGAAGUAUCAAAAACCUGACCUUGAUCCUAGGAUUGAAUUUGUCAUAACUGUUUGGCCAUUUCUCUAGCCCUGUGAGUACUAUAGAGGCUUUUAUAUCAUCUUGAUAUCAGGAAAUAGGGAAGAACUCAUUCAAGAGAAAAACCCUGUUCAUAUAAGUGAUUUGGUAAAGAGUUAUAUAUCACAGUUAUCUUCUGUUUCUCUUAAGUAAUUUAUAGAAUGGGAUGCCCAUCAUUGAUGCUGCAAUGAUAAACGGCACACUUGUUGAGGGUAUAGGUAACUGUUUAUUGUAGAAAUUACACAAGAGAAAAUGGGCAACCCAGAUGAGUCAAGUCUUCGCUACCAAACCGAAAGCCAAAAAGAGAGCGAGUGCUCUGCUGUUCAGUCUUUUAUUCCUUCCUCCAUACACGCCCCCUAGCCACACCCAAAAGUGGGUGUGGUUAGCAGCACGGUUCUGCCCUUUGGUUACCACAUCUGUAUGUAUCUUUAGAGGGCCACGUGGCUAAUGGUGGAGUCCUAAGUUUCCCCCUAUACAUCAUCUAAGUGGUCCAUUGUUUAAUUAAAUACUUUUCAAGAUAGGGUGUCUGUGAAAAGGGUGGUGGGUUGUUGUUGUUCCUGAUUUUAUUUUUCAUAUUUUCACAAAUUUAUUUGAAAUGUUUGUUAUCCAGCCUGACUUAGAUGUCAGUAAUAAGUCAUGGAUACAUUUGAACUCAUGAUCAUUGUGUGCCAGCCUCCUGAGUACAAGUCCAGCUGUAGAUGAUGUACCCCCAAUGUUUGCCAUUUUGUCAACAAUGUUAACGUUAAAAUGCUUAAUAGAAGAGAACAUAAGAAACAUUAAAUACUUUAUAUGUGUAUCCAAAGCAGCAUUUCCAUCUGUCUGGUAGAGAUGUAAUAAUGUAGGAUAAUCAGCAGUCAGUUGUAUAUUUCACAGCAUAGCUUGAUGUACUAUGGAUGUAUAUUUGUUAUUUGAAGUUCCAUGCAUCUUCAUGUCCCCAUUAGUUGUCUAUUUGGCACUUUAUCUUGAAGAACUGCUUCCAUGGGAAUUAUCUAGAGAUGCCAAAUUAUGUAAUGACAAUGAGAUUUUUUAAAGUUUUAUUUAUUUAGUAUACAGUGGUAUGUCUGCAUGUAUGCCUGCAGGCCAGAAGAGGGCACCAGAUUUCAUUUCAAUGAUUGAAAAUCACCAUGUGGUCACUGGGAAUUGAACUCAAGACCUCUGGAAGAACAGUUAGUGCUCUUAACCUCUGAGCCAUCUCUCCAAAACCUUUUUGCCUCUACCCCCACCCCUGCCACCCUUCGUGGCCUGUGGUGGUUGGGAGAGCUGACCCUGAGAUUCUAAGAGUGGGAGAGUUGCUCCUGCCCCACACCAGCUGCAGCACUUGGAAAAUAAGCCCUAUACCUUGCAUUGGCAGCACAUUAGAGCCAACCCUGUUUUGGAGGGUGUGGGUGAACCAGCCCCAAGAAUGUGAGCUUGGGAGAUGUAGCCCCAUCUCUCAUCCGCAAUAUGGUGGUGUGGGCAGGGGAGAGAUGCCUACCCCCCUGCUCCUUGCUGCCUGUCAUGGGUGGCCCUGAGGUCAUGAGAGUGGGAGAGCUGUGCCUGCCCAUCACCAGCUACAGCACUUGGGAGAGUGGCACCUGUACCUUGCCUGGACAACACAGGAAAGCUAGCCCUGCUGCUGUAGUUGUGGUAGAGCUGACCCCGAGGGCAUGAAAGCAGAUGGACUGGCCCCGCCCCUUGCCUAUCGCUGCAAAGAGUGACCUAGUCAGUACAGUGCCCCAUGGUCAAGGAUGGGGGAGAGCUGGUAGACUGACCAAACCAGAAACUACUCAUACACAGAACUGGGGUUAUGAGUUGGCACACCCCCCAAAUCUACCCUGUUUAUGAUCUUCUGGAGCAUGUGAAGGGGCCAGGCCUGUAGAUCCAAAGCUGCAGGGUCUCCGUGACACAGGGCAACAACAGAAUGUCCAAGAGGAGUCCCAGUGAGGGCCCAGUAUCGCUAGUGUAGCAGAAACCAGAGGACUCAAACCAGACAAAUGUCUCUUUGCACUGGACACUUGCAAGUAAAGAUAUAUCAAUAAAAGGGUAAAUUGUGUGACUCACUGUGUCACUCUACAGCUUCCAUGAUGAGAUCUUUCUUUGUUUUAUUUUUUUCUCCUUUUUCACUUAAAUUUUACUUUGUGGGGCAGGUUGCAAGGGCAGAGGAUGGGUACAAAGGGGUAGGUUGGUGAUUGGGAUUGAGAUGCGUGAUGUGAAAAACACAAAGAAUAAAUAAAGAAGAGAGUUUAAAAUA